CACACUGCAAAACAAAAACACAACCAGGCUGUGAGCUGGAGACCUCAAGGGGACUUAUUCAGAUCAACCGAAAUGGAUGACUUUGAACAGGAGGCCAUAAAUGAAGACUUGAUUGAGUUUGCUGUUCGAGAGAGCAUUCAAGAUGCCUACAAGCUGCCAUGCUCAGUGCAAACAGAUAGGAAAAACACAAAUAGUGUGGAGUUUAUGAAGAUUAUGGCAGCCAUUCAAAAAGGUGAUGUGGAUGCGCUGCAGGAGCUGUCAGGUUGCGCGUCUGCCUUCAGAGAGAGUGACAGCAGGGGCUGGCUGCCUCUGCACGCAGCAGCUGUGCAGCUGCAGCCAGAUGUCCUCCACACAGUGCUGCAGGUGUUGGAAUCCACCGACCUGACCCUGGAGGAGCAGACGGAGGACGGUGAUACGGCUCUGACUCUGGCAGCUGAGGCCGGCCAGGUGGAAAACAUCAAGCUACUUCUGAAGCACGGAGCUUCACCGCACAACAACAACAGCAGGAAUGAAUCACCUCUGCUAAUCGCAGUGAGACAACGCUCAUACGACAUGGUUCUUUCCCUCAUCAUGGGCGGGGCCUUCGUAGAGCAGGUGUGUCUCACCAAGUGGAGGGCCAUUCACGAGGCAGCAAAGGAGGGUUGUGCAGCUAUUAUGAUGCUGUUACUCCGACAUGGAGCCAAAAUAACAAGCAGAGACGGUCAUGGCGUGACACCGCUGGGGAUCGCAGCUGAACAUGGCAACUCUGAAGUUUUAGACAUACUCAUACACCACGGUGGUGAUGUGAAUGCCCAGGCAAGCAAUGGAGACACAGUCCUGUAUGAUGCAACCGGAUCUGGAAACCUGGACUGUGUCAAGCUGCUUUUGGAGCACGGAGCCAACCCAAAUGUUGCCAGCUACGCCUGCCAGCUGCCCAUCCAUAGAGCUGCGUAUGAAGGAUACAUACUAAUCCUGAGGACUCUCAUCCCUAUCACCACAAAGAGAGCUAUUCGCCUCUCAGGCCAGAGCCCUGUCCACUCUGCUGCAGACGGGGGGCAGGUUCAGUGUCUAGAGCUGCUUAUCCAGAAGGGUUAUGAUGUCAACGCCCUGCUACAUGCACACAUCUCUGAGAACUACGGGGACCUCAGGAAGACUCCUCUCUACUUCGCUGUGUCCAACGGUGAUGUAACCUGUUCGGAGAGGUUGCUGGCGGCUGGCGCGAGAACUGACCUGGAUCCACUGCGAUGCAUACUGGUUGCUAUACGUGCUGAGAGGUUCGACUUGGUGGAGCUGUUGCUGUCCCAUGGAGCAGAGGUUAACUGUUAUUUCAGAGUGAUCAGCAACACGGUGUUCCCCACAGCACUGCAGUACUGCUUCAGAGACCAUGUCAUGCUGCGAUUGCUGCUCAACAGUGGAUAUCACGCUUACAAGUGUUUCCAGUGCGGUCAUGGUGACAGUGAAGAAUUGGAUAGUACCUGGACUGAGCUGCAUAACCAAGCCUAUCAGAUUUACAGUCAACCUAAAGUCAUCUCAUUCUGUGACUUUGUGUCAGUAUCAUGCCUUGCUCACGUUGUAGGCAAAGUGGUAAGGAUGCUACUGGACUACGUCAGCCAUGUCAGCAUUUGUUUUAAGCUCAGACAAAUCCUGCAGAGGAGGCCGGAGUGGGAUGAGAUUUCUGACAUACUGGGGAAGCCACGGUCUCUGCAGCACUUGUGUCGACUGGUAAUCAGAAGUCACAUGAGCCUCAGGACCUUGAAUGACCCUGAAACUAUGGCUGCUGGUCCCUUCCCCCCAAGGCUGAUGAGCUACCUGACCUACAGAGAGCGUGACCUGUACGGUGACCUGUUAUCUGUGUGAAACACGUUUUAUUUAUACAUGUGACUAAAGUGUGAAAACAGCCAAAGUGCUCAUUUAAUGCAAUACCUUAUUUCAGUUGUUUUUUUACAGACUGAAUUAAAAACCAAAAAAUGAAUGUCUAGUAUAUGAAAUAGAUGUCCCUCACACAAGUGUUUCAGUUCAUGCAUGAGGAGAGCUGAGCAAGUGUGACCUGGUCCUGGACCUUUGCAGGGUGACGUGUGUUAAACCUUGGAUGCACGAGUGACUGGACCCAACAUUCUUCCAUAAGUGGGUCAAAAAUGGCCUGUGUUAAUUAUGCCGCUUUUGUUAUUGUGAUUAAAAAUAAUCUUUGUGUUAUAUUUUAUACUAUAUUUUGGUUCAGACAAGAAUGAUUUGAUGUUUGAAAUAUUUUUUUCACAUUUUGAAAAUCGGAAAUGAAAAAAAAAAAUACAAACCAGCAACAGAACAAUGUCAACAUCCAUUUUGUUUGUGUGUCGGUAUGAGUGAUACUUCCUCUCUUUAUAUUAUCUUUGUCCUCCUGUCUGUAUGAAGUUUUGACCUAUUCCUGGCUGUAAUCCCUUCACACAGGUACAUUGAUUUUGUCGCACCGACUGCUGACUUUAUGAUCUUCGUUACUUGGAUCUGAAAUCUUGUUGUCUUCGAUUGGCUUUUUUUCCUGGGGCCCAGUUGUGACUUUUGUCACUGUGAUUGUGGUUUGCCGUUGGGAGCAACCUUCCAGCCGGCUUCUCAUAUGUGAUGCAGCAAGCUCCUUUGAGAGCUCGGUGAGGACGACCCGUCAUGCAGUUGCGAUGCCAGAUACCAAUGUGAAGCUGCACCACAGCACCAUGGGCCACCUCUGUGUUUUACACUGGCAGGUGUAGGUGCCAACAAACCGUAGAAUGUGAUUAAUUGUGGUUUUUUUUUAAAAUCCUUUCUGGUAUUUUCCUCUAUGCCGUACCGCUGAAUGCAAACUCUGUGCUGUAAACCUCUUUAGAAGACACUGCACAGGAGGCAACAUUAUCUGUGGUGAUGUUGCGUCUUGUCUUUUUGAACCUAGUGCAAAACUGCUGGACCGGGAUUUCCCCCAGAUUCUGAACUUCUUCCCCUGACUGUCUCCCAAUACAAACACGUCCAGUUCUUGCAUAAGGGAUGCAUGCAUCACAGACUCAGAAGAACUUUUGGCUAUGACAAGCUUGUUUGGCAUCUACUGUAGAAAUUUGAACCUCCCCCUGAACAGCACAAGCUGUUUAUCUACAGUGACACAAUCACUGUAAGUGGUAAAUGUGUGCUGCCUGCUAGUUCUUGCUGUUUAAAAUAAUCUUCUUAACGUGUUACACUCUUUGUGUUCAAUAAAAUAUAUUUUCCUGACAGUCGCAGUUGACAAUAAUCAAAGGUUCCCAUGAAAUUCCAUAGGAAAUGAUUACGGGUAAUUUUUGGCCCACUUAUGGAAGCUUGGGGUAGUAACACAAAAACUAAAACUUUGUACAUGUAUAAAAGGUAAGUUAAAAAUGUCAUUGGUGUAAUAUCAAAAACACUUUUUUAAGGAAUAGUUGGAACAUGAAAUUAUAACAACUUUUCAUUAAUUAGAUAUUGCAAGGAAAAGACCACACCAGAUCCUUUUUGACCCACUUAUGUGUCUAAGGGUUAACAAAAUCUCAAGCCCACAUGGCCAUUAAAGAGAUGACGGGUAAACCUCGCAUUAAUUGUUUCAUCCUUCUUUUUUAGUGUCUUGACAAUCUGGUGUCUUAAAAUGUAAACAUAAAAGUCAUAAUAUCAGUGAAAUAU